AUGGCAUUCCUCGAGGACCCCCGACUUCGCCAACGCUGGAACCAGAUCACGCACGACACCGAGACUAUCACUGAAAAUGCAGCAGCAGGAAUCUGGACUUUUCAGCAUAAUUAUAUCACCCCGUGUUUCUCCUCCAUCGCGCACUCUUUUGAACAGUGCACGACUGUUUGUCUAGGCGAUCCAGAAGACCGUAUACGAAGGCGCAGAGAACGGGAACUGUCACAUGGUAGGGCCGAGUACAGCUUCGACUUUUACGAUGACUGGUAUGAGGAAGAGCAGAGCGGCUUGUUUGGAGCAUGGGGCAACGAGGAUUGGGAUAGACUGCUGGCAGGGACCGGCAGUCAACGAAAGCAUAACGGUGGAGAGACAGAACAACCGCGCAAGAAACGCGGUAUGAGCUAUGGAACUCGAGACAGACGACGAAAGCCAAGUAUCGACGACGACCCGACCGUAAUUCCCAGUACACAACCGAUUGGAUUCCUCAGCAAGUUACCAUGGAAAGUGGGCGGUACUCUACGAUACAAACCUAGUGCGGCAGAUCUACAGGACCAUCCACAACGACACGGCGACGGAGAGAACGAACCAUUACUGCAUUCUGAUGACGGAUCCGACUUUGAGCUACCAGCGCCUAGAAAGCGUAGUGGGACGACAGGUUCAGGCGACACAUCAGACUCAUAUCGAUCGCGAGGGGAUUUAUUUCCAAGUGACGGCGAAGGUGAAGAAGAUGCAAUACCACUCGAUGACGAAGUGACAUAUGAUAUGGUCAGGAAAGAUGAUAGAAGUGGAAGAAGUGGAAGGACAAGCAGCAAGGGUAAAAGACCAGCAAGCGGACUGGCAGGAUCAAGGACGGUGUCACGAACGACGUUAGGCUCAGUUUCUUCCAGGGACGACUACCGAAUGGAGAACCGACCCAACUCUCUUUCUGCUACGUCAGAUGUUGAGGAUACGCCAACCCUGCACGAUCUGGAACGAGAGGAGUACCUGCUACAGAAAGCAGAGGAUGAUGAUGUUGAAAGAAAGAAACGUGCGGCAGCACAGCUUGCAGCGGAAAAAGGCCUCACACCGAAGAAACCACGGUUCUUGGACACAAAACCAGAGGUGGCAGAUGAUGAUGUUUAUGAAGCUUCGCCCUCCAAGGCCGCCUGCCAACAUGUGGAAGAAGUGGAAGAGGUCGAAGAGGUUGACGAUAAAUCACUACCGAAGCGAGGCGAGUCACAACGCGCAAAGAGUCCACAACCACCCGGUGGCACGGAGUCACCAGAGAAGACGGAUUUCGUUCCAGCACGUUUACCACACUUCCAAUGA